AUGAAGUUUUUGAAAAUUAUUUUUGUUCUUGCCAAUUUUUCGGCCUCACAAGAAGAAUACGUUGGUCUUGACCGAAUCAACCGAAUCGUUUCCCGAUACGAAGGCUGGAUCGAACGAUAUGCCGAUGAUUACAAGAAGAAAUACAGACUUGAAAGAGCUGUCAACCGAACCCGCCGAUUUUUUUCGUGGUGGAUCAAGGGCAAGAAAAACGGCUGCGAUCCGCAGAAUUCGGAACUCGAUCGUAGCGAGCUGGAAAUGAUGGAUGAAGAUAUGGAACGGUUUUUGCCAGAUAAUGCGAUGCUGAAAGUGUUCACUUAUCAAUCCCAAAUGGAAAGGGUCCAGAACAUUUUCUUCAAAAACUGCUCUGAAAAGAUCAACGAGAAAUUGACGGAUGUCGUGAGACGAGUAACACGCGACUUUACCACCGCUUUCGGCGCGAUGAACAAUGAUCAAUAA